GUUCGAUUUAAUGGCUUUGGGAUUUUUCUCUUCAUUAUUUAUCCUGGAGCAUUUGUUGAUCUGUUCACCACUCAUUUGCAACUUAUAUCACCAGUCCAGCAGCUAAGGAUAUUUUGUGCAGUUGCUGCUGACCUAACUAACUCUCAGCCAUGGCCUCCAACGAAGAUUUCUGCAUCACACAAGACCUGGAUAUCCCGGCAGAUAUUGUGGAGCUCCACGACAUCAAUGUGGAGCCCCUUCCUAUGGAGGACAUUCCGACGGAAAGCAUCCAGUACGAGGAUGUCGAUGGCAGUUGGAUCAACGGUGGCCACAACUAUCCGCCUCUGAUCGUGCUGCAGCCGCUCUUCACGAACAUGGGCUAUGGCGACCACGACCAGGAAAUGCUUAUGGUGCAGACACAAGAGGAAGUGGUGGGCUUUUGCGGCUCAGACAACCAGCUAGGCAACGACUUGGAGGACCAGUUGGCCAUCCCGGAUAGCAUUGAAGACGAGCGCUUCCAGCUGACCCUGGCCUCUCGGUCGGCCUCGGCGGCAUCAACAUCAACCCAGAGCCGCAGCAAAAAGCCCAGCAGCAGGAGUGCCACCAGCACUGAGGCCAACCCGGCAGGCAGCAGCUCCAACGAGGGCACGAGGAAGUGGGAGCAGAAGCAAGUGCAGGUCAAAACGCUGGAGGGUGAGUUUUCCGUGACUAUGUGGUCCCCUAACGGUAACAAUGACCAAGGGGCAGUGGGUGAAGGCCAGGCUGAAAACCCACCUGAUUAUUCCGAGUACUUGAAAGGGAAGAAACUUCCUCCUGAGGGGUUACCAGGCAUUGAUCUCUCAGAUCCUAAACAGCUGGCAGAAUUUACUAAAGUGAAGCCCAAAAGGUCCAAAGGAGAACCUCCCAAAACAGUCCCUUGCUCGCAUAGCGGCUGCGAAAAGAUGUUCAGGGAUUACUCCGCCAUGAGAAAACAUCUCCACAUCCACGGGCCCAGAGGCCACGUAUGUGCAGAAUGUGGCAAAGCUUUUCUUGAGAGCUCAAAGCUGAAACGACACCAGCUGGUCCACACCGGCGAGAAGCCCUUUCAGUGCACAUUCGAAGGCUGCGGGAAACGCUUUUCCCUUGAUUUCAAUUUGCGCACACACUUGCGCAUCCACACCGGCGAUAAGCCCUUCGUGUGCCCCUUCGAUAUUUGCAACAGGAGGUUCGCUCAGUCAACCAACCUGAAAACCCACAUAUUAACGCAUGUGAAGAACAAAAACAGCCCGUGAAAAGGAGAAGACCCCUCUCAGACUUGGGAAUUAUCUUCCAGGACUGCGGUAGGGAAUAAAUAUGCCUCUCAAAGCUUUGUAUGUUGUUUCUAAGAGUUUUAAAAAAAUGAAUCCUGCACAUCUAACGUUCGUGUUUUGUUAGAGUAGUAAAAAUACAAUUUAAACGUUUUUAAAAAGGUAAACCUUGACAUAAGAUAAUAAUGCUAAGAUGCCAUAGCUUGUUCUGUAACUGUUUUUGUAAAGUUUGGUCCCAACAGGAGAAAAAUUCGUAGGCUUCACAUCAAGAGACGGUUCUUACAAACUGUGUUUAAAAUGGGACUUUUCACAUUCUUAGAAAUAGGAAAUUCAUUUAUUGUUUACAGUGUUUUUAAAAAACUCGUUAAAAAUUCAAAAUGUUCAUGUUUAUACUUUUAGGAAUAUGCUUAAUAAGUCCAUGUAUGGUUUUUCUGGAGGUUGAUAACUUUGGGAAAGAUUUACUUUAAAAGAGUGAACAAUUAUAUGCAUACGUGAAGUAUUUUCCUGCUUAAGAAAGUUAUAUAGGUGUUAUUUGUUUUAAUCUUGGUUGUAUUCUUGGAUGUUAACACAUCUUGCAUUUUAGCUGUAUUAGGCCAUGUAGUAUUCAUAUUAGGUGAUUUAAUAGUACUAGUUUAAACCUAUUUUAGUCAUUUUAUUUUCCCCAAAAUACUACCAGAUGCUGUUUAGUGUAAUUCCUUUGCCUGUUCAGUUAAAGUAGUGCUUGCUUGUAGAAUAUAUUGUGUAUAUGUUGACUUUAACACUUAAGAAGUACAUCCUGUGUAAUAGAAAAAGUAAAAUAAAAUACCUCUUCUAAAGAAGGAAAAAA